AUUAUAGUGUUUUUUGUUAUGACAAUGUGCUCUUAUAACCGCUUUUUUAAAUAUCCUCCUCAUAACGCAAUGUCACCUUUGUAUUGAACUGUCAUUUCUCAACAGCACGGAUAAACGGAAAGCCGGAUAAAAGGUACCCGGAUAAACGGCGCUCCACUGUACCACAAAAAACAGAAAUUGCUACCGAAAACCGCCAAAAUAAUCUGGUCACACUGUCCAGGAGCGUUCGCAAACGGAAAACAGCUGACAGGUUGCGCUUGCCACAGACCAAAGGGCGCUAAAAACGUUGAAAAUCAAAAUAGAAAAUUUUGGCUACGAAUCGCAAUGAAUAUUCCAAGCUUUCGGCCCAAUUACUACAGCCUGGACGAUAUUGCGAUAACGCAGGAACGCAUACCAUGCCGCACGACGCAGGAUCUCCACAUGAUGGGUUUUCUGGACGCUUCGGAAAAAUCUCCCAACCUAUCGAACAACCACACGCUCGAGCUUCCGCUUUGGGUGAUGCUCACGCAAGACGAUAGAAAUCCACACUUUGAAGCUCUUGUCCCCGACGUCUACAGUGCGGCCUAUAAGGAAAUCUACCAAGCGGAUGCGAAUUACGUGGAGCUUGGUGCGCUUUGCAAGUUUUACUUCGAGCUGGGCAUGUACCUGACGCGCUACCAGAACAACAACAGCGUGGCGGAGAUGCUUUACACCACGGCACAGGAGCGGCUCAAGGGGCUGAAGGAUCUGUGCCAAAAUGUCGGUAACGAUAGCUUGAACGUGGCCAGCAAGUUUGACUUCAGCGAGCGGUUGCUGUUCAACGAGGGCACCAAAACGAACAAGUUGUUCGAUGAUUGGCUGCAGGAGCGGCAGGUCCACAUCAAAUCGACCGAGAUCGCGAUUAACAUACGCAAGCGGAAGCGAAGUCCGGACGGGGAAACGCAGGAGGAGCAACAAUAAAACGGGAAAUUGCUUUUUCUUUGGUCAAAAUACACGGGGUUGUUUCUUCAAAAACGAAUCUGCUGAUGUACGGUGUGUUGUUAGCGAACAGCAAUCUGCUUUAUUUCUAUUCCGGAUCUACGCCGGCCGGUACCAAUCGU